UCGGGUAACAACCAAAAUUUGAAGAUCUGAAGGAAAACUUGUAACGUGGGAGCAGGGAAGGAAAUGUGAGAUUUGCAUGCUCAUGAUUAGAGUUUGAGGAUCUUUAUUGACUUUGCAGAGAGAGAAGAGAGUGAGGGGGGGAGAGAGAGAAAGAGCAGACCAAGAUGGGAUGCUCAUUUUCUGGUCUGAAUGCUCUGUAUGAUGCUGUUAAUGGCGGAGAGGAUGUUUGGAUCAAUGACAACCGUUUCAAGAUUCUGAGGCAGCUUGGAGAAGGUGGGUUUUCGUACGUUUAUCUUGUCAAGGAAGUUGUUGAGGACGUGGCUGGUGAUGGUGGAGGUGGUGGUAUCAGGAAGAAAAUCAAGGACUCUUCUUUUGUUUCAGAUGAUGGAACAUAUGCAAUGAAGAAAGUACUAAUUCAAACUAAUGAACAAUUAGAGUUGGUGAGGGAGGAGAUUCGUGUUUCAUCCCUGUUUAGCCAUCCUAAUUUGCUUCCACUUCUUGAUCAUGCUAUCAUUCAAGUUAAGGCAACACAAGAAAGAUCCUGGAACAGUGAAGCAUACUUGCUAUUUCCAGUUCAUUUGGAUGGAACUUUACUGGACAAUGCUAAAGCUAUGAAAGAAAAAAAGGAAUUCUUUUCUACUAUUGAUGUUCUUCAGAUAUUCCGACAGCUUUGUGCAGGAUUGAAGCAUAUGCACAAUUUUGAGCCUCCAUAUGCACAUAAUGAUCUGAAACCAGGUAAUGUACUCAUCACACACAGAAAAGGACAAUCGCCACUAGCCAUAUUGAUGGAUUUUGGAAGUGCUCAACCUGCGAGGAAGCAAAUUCGUUCUCGUCAAGAGGCAGUACAAUUGCAGGAAUGGGCAGCAGAGCACUGUACUGCACCCUACCGAGCUCCUGAGUUGUGGGACUGUCCAAGCCACAUUGAUAUUGAUGAAAGAACAGAUAUCUGGUCUUUGGGCUGCACUUUAUAUGCAAUAAUGUACGGGGUAUCUCCAUUUGAGUAUGCACUUGGGGAAGCUGGAGGAAGCCUACAGUUGGCUAUUCUAAAUGGACAGGUGAAAUGGCCACAAGGGCCCAAUCGUCCAUAUCCUGAGCCUCUCCAUCAGUUUGUGACAUGGAUGCUCCAGCCCCAGGCUGCAGUUCGCCCUUGCAUCGAUGAUAUAGUUAUUCAUGUUGACAAGUUGAUCUCAAAGUUCUCAUCCUGAGACAGAGCAUCAUAUAGAGUUGAAUCAGAAAGAACAUGUGAAGCACGGACCACAACUUUGUAGGCUGGGUUAGUAGUGUAAGAUACCGUGCAUCCUAUCUUCCCUUGCAUGUCAAAGUCUCUGUUGGCCCAUCACAGUUAUUUCAUUUUUCUUAUUUGUGGUUAGACAUAUUUUUCUCUUCAUUCUUGUAGCUUUACUAAAUGUGCAUUGAUUCAAUGCUAGUAUCACUUUCUCCUUCUUCA